UUCAAUUAAAAUUCAUAAACUGUGUUUAUAUGGUUGGUAUGCAUAUUUUCUAUUAUUUAAAAUUUAAUAUUUCAUUUAAAAAAGUCGUAUAUUUCUCCAUACUAAGCAAUAGUUCGAAUACAAGCUAUGAAAAAUGUUUCCUAAUAGAUAUACCGACGACAAACGUUUAACUAGCGAUCAGGAGAAAGCAAUCGUCUGGGCUUUAAGUCAGUGCACAUCUUUGUCUAGCAGCCUUCGUCUUACUCUCUUAAAGACUCAAUUGUUAAAUGAUCGUUACAACACUGAUUGGUCAUCAGUAGAGUUAUCAAGUUCGGAUAGUUCUUUGGACACCAACAAGCAAGAGGAUGCAGAAGCACAUAUUAAUGAAAAAUUGAUAGAUUGUGGCCUGUCAAAUUUAUUAAAUACCGAUAAGAUUACUAAUAUUCAAGAAGUUUUGGAAAAAAAUCUUAAAAUUAAUUGCGAUUAUCUUAAAUUAAAGAGAAGUAUCGAAUCUACUCAUGAACAUCUAAAAAAUGCUAUAGAGAAUGAUAAACAGCGGAAGGUUAAACAAGACGAAUCAGAAAUGAAUUUGCGUUUUGAAAAUAUAAUUUAGAAACAAUGAAAACUAAUGGAAACCAGGAAAAUUUAUUUUUAAAAUAAUUUCAAAAUUUAAUUGAUUUCAUAUUUAACAUUAUAUGAUAACUAGGCUUUGUGUGAAACCAAAUAAAGGGGAAAGUAUAUAUUUUAUGUUCAUAUUACUACCCAGACCAUAAUUUAUAACCUUCAAUGUCAUGAAUAUUCAUGAAUCUUCAAAACCUUAAUGCCAUAAAAAUAGUAGACUAAAUUACUUUAAAAUAUUGAUGAGUUCUUCUAUAUUUACUACUAAGUGAUGAGCUCAGUUACUCUGUAUUUUAAUACGGAUCCAAAGAGUUUGAUGGAAAUAGUCGCAAAAAAUACAUAUAGGG